AUGUCUCAUACAAGUAAUACUGUUAGUGAAGGAACGGAAGACAAGUUAGAAAGUAUAAAAGAAGAACAGAUUUCUCCAACAGGUUCUGCUAUCUCUAAACCAGUUGGUUUAGAAGACUACAAAAGAGAUAUAUCAAAAUGUACAUGCAAAAGAUACAAUGAGAUGCUAAAAGACUCUGUAACUGCUGAAAGACUUGAAGAGCUUUUAAAGGAGAAAGAAGAAGAACUGCGGUCACAUUAUGAUAAAAUAUUAGAACGGGAGAAGACAGCGAUCAAAGAACGAUUUGACUUCAUUUUAUUAAAUGAACAAACACGUGCAUCUUAUAUGCUUCGUGAAGCACACAGAGAAAGACAAGAAAAAAUCAGAGCCCUACAAACUCAGCUACAAUGUAAAAACUUGGCAGCUUUGAUGUAUGUCAUGUGUACGGAAAGGCGGAGAAGUAGACUAGAAAAGUUAAGGAUUAUGAGAGAUUACAAAAAUUAUAUUGAAGAACUACAAGAGAUAUUAACGGAGGGACAGGAAUUGAUUCUGCAUUUAUCCAAAGGAUACAAAACUGCUGCAAGAGUAGACCACGAAUGGCGGGAAAAGAUGAAAAAAGUUGUUAAACAGUUUAUGGCAUUUAUCUAUAACUUCGCGGGAGGCAGCCCGGAGUCCAACCAGUAUCUGAUAGACCUGCCCAAACUGCUGAAGAUCGAAGCUCCCAUAAAUGACGACCCUGAGGAGGAUCCUUGUGAGGUUGAGGAGACACCAGAGCAGCCUGCUGAUGAAAUAUCUCGAGAACCGGAAUGGUGGGAGACGUCGGAAAAGGAUAGGAAAGAUCGCCCGUUUGUGAUGUUCGGUGAUAUGGAAGACUUCACUCCUAAUCAGAGGCGACAGGUCCUCAAGAACACCAAGCCGCAGAAGACUGCACCCGGAAAGUGGAAGGAAUAUGCUUUCAGAAGCAUGUUCCUGAAAUCAAGAUGUUGCAAUUUGGGACAAAUAAAAGAUCUGUACGCAAACAAACUGCCGCUUCCCACCAAAUUCGAAUGUAUGAGCUCUUUGAAUGGCAACGGGAAUGAUAAGGACAUGAUGAAGGGAUCUAAAUUGUCAAUCACAGCGGCUCGUGGAGGAAGUGUAGACAUACGAGGAAAUAUGGGCUCUAUUUUAAAAAUAAUUACAUCAGUGCCAAAUGCUACGCCAGUGAACGCUAAGACAGAACUCCUUGGUGCUAGAGACUCCAUGGAAAUCACAUCCACCACCAAACUGCGCGAGCGCCUUUCAAUAAAACCAACGGAGAACCAACAAAAAACCAAAAUCCUUAACAUUGGAAAAAAGCGAACUUCUGUCUUCGAUCCGCCGGAUGAAGAGGAAUUGUUGGAGAAGCCUGUUGCAUCAUUACAUCAAACACACGAUGUCACAUAUGAAAAUAUUGAUCACUUUGAAACGGAAUCGAACCUAGGAAGUAUUCAUAAUGACAGCUUGCAAAUGAUAAAUAGUCGAGUUCCUGAUGUCGAUCGCAAGAUAAACUAUGAAAGGGUGUGCCCCAUGGAGAAGUGUCAGCGGCUACAAGUGGAUUCCUUUAUGAGGUCGCUACCUCCAUACAUGAGGGCCAAUCCCUUCACACACUUCGAACAGAACUUCGAGCAAUAUCAGACUUGUUCACCAGAACAACUGGCGAUGUUACAAGAACGUAUUGAACAUAAGAAGACCAUGGAGGUGGAAAAUUCAAUAGAGAUGGAAAGUCCUUUGGAUGAGUGGAUCGGACGGGGCAUUGCAGUGCAGACAUCCGAAGGGUCCCUGGAACUGCCUCCCUGCACGUGUCAUGUGCCCAGUCCUUCACCUGCCUCCACCGAUGUUAUUUUCAAUGUUGAAGAUUUGAUCCCGGUAAAGCAAGCAAUGGACGCCAUUCAUCGCGAAUGUCUAUACGACGAGAGAAUCAACUUUGACAGGUUCAAGCUAAUUGGACAGGAGAGCAGAUCCCUUUUGCAAGAAGAAAUAGAAAAGGACGCAAAAGAAUUCAAACAAGCAAGAUAUGACGAAAUAAAGAAAAUAUUGAACCAACACCCUAGUCUUUUGGACAUAUUCCAGGCCAACGCAAAAUAG